GGGAAACGCGAAGCAACUGUGAGAGCGGGAGGAACCAGCGCAGCCAUUAGAGCAGGGAGGGCUCGGAGCCGCCUGUCAGCGCGGCGCUAACACACGGCUGGGAGCAGCGGGAGAGCUCCUUCCUCAUGCAGAGCCGCUUCCACGGCGGGACCGAGCACUGAUUCCUCACGGAAUAACAGGCAUCUGGGCAAUGGGAGCUGUGAGAAGCACAAGGGAGCUGUGAGAAGCACAAGCAGGGAGCUGUGAGAAGCACAAGGGAGCUGUGAGAAGCACAAGGGAGCUGUGAGAAGCCAAGCAGGGCAGCACAGCGACCCCGGCCCUCCCGGACAGCCACACUCCCACAGCCGCCCCCGCUCCGCUGCAGGUCGGUUUGAACGGGCCCCGCUCGCUCUCAGCCAACGGGCGGCGCGCUGGGCGCUGACGUCACGGGCGGCGGGAGCGGGGCGCAGUGCUGCCGGCCGGCCCGAGCCCGGCACCCGCGUAUGAGCGCGGCGCCCAGGAAGAUGAGGGAAACUAUGCCCCAGACGCCAAUAUUUUCCAGCAUGCUUGGCUCCAGCUGUAGUGGACAAGUGCAGCCUGAUAUGGGAGAGAGAUGCGUGGACCCCGUUUAUCAGGAUGGGAACAUUGUUUCUGGAUCACUGGAGGCCUUGAUAGAGCGCCUGGUACCCACCAUGGACUAUUAUCCAGAUAGAACUUACAUCUUCACUUUCCUGUUGAGCUCCCGAGUCUUCAUUCACCCACAUGAGCUCCUGGCUAAAGUGGGACAGAUCUGCAUUAAACAGAAGCAGCAGCUGGAAGCCGGGACAGAGGCAGAAAAGGCAAAGCUGAAGUCCUUCGCUGCCAAAAUCAUCCAGCUCCUGAAGGAAUGGACUGAAACUUUCCCCUAUGAUUUCCAAGAUGAAAAAUCCAUGAAGGAGUUGAAGGAGAUUGCUCACAGGAUCACACAGUGUGAUGAGGAAAAUGGCACGGUGAAAAAGAUCAUUAGCCAGAUGACACAGAAUCUCCUGAUGGCUCUCUCUGCACGGAGCCAGUACCAGGAAAUAAAAGAGAAAUUCCGGCAACCUGCUACUGACAAAGGAACCAUCCUCAAAACCAAGCCACAGUCUACUCAGAAGGACAUCCUGAGUGUGUGCUGCGACCCUCUGAUCUUGGCACAGCAGCUAACCCAUAUUGAACUGGAACGAGUGAGCAACAUUUACCCGGAGGAUCUGAUGCAGAUUGUCAGCCACAUGGACUCCCUGGAUAAUCACAAGUGCCGAGGCGACGUUACCAAAACCUACAAUUUGGAGGCCUAUGACAACUGGUUCAAUUGUCUUAGCAUGCUGGUGGCCACAGAGAUUUGCAGGGUUGUAAAGAAAAAACAGCGUACCAGAAUGGUGGAAUUUUUCAUCGAUGUGGCCAGAGAGUGCUUCAACAUUGGAAACUUCAACUCAAUGAUGGCCAUUAUCUCUGGCAUGAACUUGAGUCCCGUGGCACGGCUAAAGAAAACUUGGUCCAAGGUCAAAACUGCCAAAUUCGAUGUGUUAGAGCAUCAUAUGGAUCCAUCCAGCAACUUCUGUAACUACCGCACAGCCCUGCAAGGAGCAGCACAGCGAUCUCAGACUGCCAACAGCAAUCGAGAGAAAAUCGUCAUCCCAGUUUUCAACCUCUUCAUUAAAGAUAUCUACUUCCUGCACAAAAUACAUACAAACCGCUUGCCCAAUGGGCAGAUCAACUUCAAGAAAUUCUGGGAAAUCUCAAGACAGAUUCAUGAUUUCCUGACGUGGAAGCAGGUCGAGUGUCCUUUUGAGAAGGACAAGAAGAUCCAGAGUUAUCUGCUCACCGCACCCAUUUACAGUGAAGAAGCUCUGUUUAUUGCAUCCUUUGAAAGUGAAGGUCCAGAAAACCACAUGGAAAAAGACAGCUGGAAAACACUCAGGACAACUCUGCUUAACAGGGCCUGAGAUUUUUUGGAUCCGAUCUGCAGUCUUCGAAGCACACAGAAUGAAUGUGUUUUUACAACCUGAAAGACUCGGACUGAGUUAAGAUGACCUCACUGGUUGAGGUCUGUUUUGUAUAUACAGUACCUUUUAUGAAUCAAAAUGCGGUAAAUAUUUCACAUGUCAACCUUAAGGCACUUAAGUGAAGGGUUUUGUUUUUGUUUUUUUAUUUAAAAAUAGAAAUAAAAAGGGCAGGGCCCUGUUCUCAGAGACGAAGCGUAUCACGGGAGGUGGGAUCCUUGGGGAGAUCUUAUUCUAUCAGCAUCCAAAUUGUUAUUUUUUAUUACUUCCUCCAAAAUCAAACAAAAGUUCUAACACACAUCUCAGCUACAGCCACUGUUAAAUACUCCACUGGACCAAUAGCCUGCACAACACUCAAAAUGUCUACCUGUGGUUUCAUUCCCAUCGGCGAGAGCGAUCGUACGUACGAGUGUUUGUAGGGUCAAGGCCUUAGACAUCUGCAGUGAGCCUGUUCCUCUCCUACAUCGGAAAUAGUGCCUUACAAGGUACUGACGUUGUGUAGUGUACCUUCUAUCACGCUGGAUUGGAAGCAAGGAAAAUAAAAAUAUGGAUGUCUCAAAACCAGCCACAAAGUACUUUAUAAAUGAAACGAAGAACACGACAUGUGAGGUCGAGCAUACCUGCCUGUGACACUGAUGGUGCAGCAAACCUAUUUUUGUUACGCGAUUUAAGGAGCAGAUGGGGUAACCACUGAGGGUUAUGUGUGCAUGCCUGACUACGCACACGUUUUAAUAAUUCUGGGAACUAUCCUUCCAAUUCUGAUUGCCAGAAUAGAUUGUUUCCUUUGUAAAAAUCAGGGAUUUCUUCCUAAUUUUUUCCUUUUUUUUUUUUUUUUUUUUCCUUUGAAGAGAAGGAUGUCUAACCUAGAUUAUCUCUGCAAAACAGGUUCUAUACGUAUUUCUGCCAACAGUUGACAGAAAAAAAUAUCAUUGUGCACAAAAUAAAGGAGAGGGAAGUGAACUCAGAUGUCCAACUAAGGCUAAAAUUGCCAAAGAAGGUCAAAAGCUCAUCUCUGCUGACUUGGGCGUUUAAACCCCUUUGUUCCUUUGUAAAUUCUAGUCUGAACUUCAAGACCAAAGCAAAGACCGAUGUAAAGCAUCAACUUGUUCUAGUAUUUUGCAAGCCACGACAGUCUGGGGCAGGACCCACUGAAACCUGUAGGAAAACAAUAUAAGGAACUAAUGAAGCCUUUGAGUCUAGGUCAAGCUUAGAGAUGAUCUGUAAACCCACUGAUAGAAGUAACGCCCAUCAUGUCCCAACUUCUCCUUUUCACCCUGAGUUUAUAUCUAUAUACACCUAUUUAUCUACCCAAAUGCGCAUAGCAGAAGCUUAAGACUAAGCUACACAUCUCAAUCUUUCUUUCUCCCCAGUGUCAAGAUAAGAAAGAAAAAAAAAAAAAAAAAAGAAAAUAGGCUCAGAUUGAAAACUUAAUCAAUGAUUACCUAUGAAUAUUUACUAUCCUUUCCAGUAACUGUUCUCAUGAAGCAUGUGGGCCAGGUAUUCUUCAAUGAUGACUGAGCUGGGCUGUCAUAUUCAGCAUUUUCUCUCUUCAAAAUCCCUUUUCAAGUGCUGUUGGUCACAGCCUUCUCUCACCAAUCAUCACAGACCAUCAUCUGCACCACUUCGUUUAGAAAUGGUCAAUUUUGAGUAGUUUCUUUGUAUCCUACUCUGCUCUGUGUUGAAACGGGGACAAGACUUGCCAGACCCAGGGUCAGGUUUAUCCCAGUCCAGUUGCCUCUUCUUGCUGAGUGCCUACAGCCUUGAGCAGUGCCGGUUUCACGCAGCAUCAGCACACACAACAGAAAAGGUUUGUGGUGUUGGCCCUGCCGCAGAGCGAAACAUUCAAGAGCCUUCCCUCUCUCUCCCUGUUCUCCCUCCUGCCCCUCGCUAAAUUCUUCGAAUCACAGCAGUGAGUUGGGGUAAUAGGAGAGAGAAAUUUUGCUAUUCCUGUAGCAUUGAAAUCAAAGAGGAACAAAAGCAAGUGAUGCCUUGAAGAAGUAGGAAAUAGUACAACAACUGUUGCCAGGAACAGCCUAGAAAAGGAGAAGGGAUAAAUUCUUAUGAUCUGCUGCUAUUUUUCCCGUGCUGAAGAGUACUGACCUUCAGUCCUGGACUAGAGUAAGAAUAUUUAUACUGUAUUAUUACAGUGUUUUGCACUUUCAGAGAUGUUCUAGCUAGUAACAUUGUUGGACACUAUAAAAGGGAUUGUAUAUCAGCUUUGUUUAUGUAACUGAGAUUUAAAAAAGGGAUGCUUAAAAAUUUAAGAAAAAAAUUAUAUAUAUAUAUUUGAAAUGCAAUUUUAAAACACUUCCUGUAAAUGUAUUAAGAAAAAAAAGAAGCUUUCACAUGAAUGUGCACUUCACUGGUCAAUCAGUCCUAGUAUAUACUUGAAAUCAAUGCAGUAUCCACAUUGGCUCCUCUUUCUUUUUCUGCCCUCAGUUUGAUACAUUCCUUAAAUACUGUGUUUUGCUAUUCUGAGCUGAAAUGCUAAAUAUAAAGCUGUACCAUAAAGCAGGAUAUUCUGUGUUUGACUGGAUGUGCUUGCAUUAAUAAAAAAGAGUUGCUUCAACCAGA